AUGAACAGCCAAGACGAGGCGAACGCGCCCGCCUCAAGUGUUGGCAAGGCGAGGCACUCCUCGACCCGAUCGCCAGCCAGCAGUGAGAAGCGCAAGAGCCGCGAGUGCAAGGUCGACGGCUGCGAGAACUACAUCAUCAACAAGGGGCUGUGCUUUCGACACGGGGGAGGCAAGAAAUGCUCCGCUGACGGCUGCACGUCGAGCGCCAAGAACGCCGGACUGUGCUGGCGCCACGGCGGCUGGGUCAAGUGUCAGAUGGAGGGCUGCAAGCGUCGAGGCAAGUCGCGCGGCCUUUGCUGGUCCCAUGGAGGCGGCACCAAGUGCUCGCGAGGCGACUGCUCGAAGGUCGCCGUGUCGAACAGUCUGUGCUGGGCCCACGGAGGCGGCAAGCGCUGCGUGUUCGAGGGCUGCAAGAAGGCGGCGUACGAGCGCAACCACAACUUCUGCUCGCAGCACAUCGCCCAGCGACAGCAAGACCCCAAGACAGAGGAGACUACCAGUGGUUGA